UCACAGGAAGCCGCGGGUAAAAAUGGAUGUAAACAGAAAAAAAAUCAAAUUAUUUGUUGUAAACUUUUACUGAAAAGUUAAUUUUUCUAAAAUCUUGGUAAUGGAGGAUGCCGAUUUAGCCCUUGCUUUAGCUCUACAGGAAGAACUGAACAACGAAUCUCCCCAAACACCGAUAAUUUCCAAUCAUCACAAUUCGUCAUCAAAAUCAAAAACCUUCAAAUCACCAAGUUUGGUGGACGAGUUUUGGGAGUUAACCGACCCAAAUCCUGAUAUAAGAGCACUGUUUCUACAGUUUAACGAAAGGUUCUUCUGGGGAAGGCUUGCAGGAAUAGAAGUAAAAUGGAGCCCAAGAAUGACAGUAUGUGCAGGUAUAUGUUGUUAUGAAGGUAGAGGAGGACUUUGUUCUGUGAGAUUAAGUACGCCAUUAUUAAAAUUGAGACCAAGAAAAGAUUUAGUUGAAACAUUGCUACAUGAAAUGAUUCAUGCUUAUUUGUUCGUAACAGAUAAUAAUAAGGAUCAUGACGGGCAUGGACCAGAAUUUCACAAACAUAUGUACAGAAUAAAUGCAGAAACAGGAACUAACAUAUCGGUUUAUCAUACGUUUCAUGAUGAGGUUGCUGUUUAUAAAACACAUUGGUGGAAAUGUGACGGUCCUUGUCAACAGAGAAAGCCCUACUUUGGAUAUGUUAAAAGAUCCAUGAACCGAGCUCCAUCUGCUAAUGAUUUUUGGUGGGGAGAACAUCAAAGAACAUGUGGUGGAACUUACACGAAAAUAAAAGAACCAGAAGGAUAUGGUCAGAAAAAGAAAGGAGGAAAGAAAGCAGAAAAUGAAAGCAAAUCAGAUUCUGAAAAGGGUAAAGUUAAAUCACCAGAUAUUAGGACAUUUUGGGGAAAUGUUAACUCAUCAGAUAAUAAGAAGCCAGCAACAGUUACAUCGGGAUCAAUUUCAGAAAUAGACAAAGUAAUACAAAACGGUGUUUUAGUACGAAAAAAUCCUGAGAGUGGUAAAAAUGUGAAUGAUAAAAACUCUUCUAAAAGCUCAACAUCUACAUCAAAUACCAACCCCAACAAUAAUAUUAAUAUUCCAGUCAGAAAUUCAUCUGUUACAAACAAUAAAACCAAUAUUCCAAAAACAAAUAGUUCAAACAGUGGAAAACCAAUGCCAAGGGUAAAUGGUGAGUUGUCUAGUAAGGGAGAUAAUUCUGUACAAACUAUUGGAGUAGACGCAACAAAUGUCCCUCCAUAUAUUCCGAAAAAGGAUUCCAAUUAUGAUUCAAAUGUUAUGCAAGUCAAAACAAUAUGGAAUAAAGAACGGGAACCAGUUAUUUCUCGACCAACCUUCACAGGUAAAGGAGAGACACUUGGGGGGCCAAAUCAGGGACACGGUACAACGAAUCAGCCAUUGGUUACCCCUAAAAAUAAUACUAAUCCAGACUUAAAUGUCAUGCAUGCUAAAACAAUAUGGAAUAAAGAUCGAGAACAAGUUAUAUCUAGACCAACAUUUACAGGAAAAGGGGAGACAAUCGGUGGUCAAAAUCAGGCUCAUGGGGGAUUAAGUUGGCUGGCCCAAUUAAGAAAAGACAUUGGAAAACCUGGACAAAGAAAGAAUAUGGACUCAUCUAUGCAAAGAGAUAAUAGUAAACACAAGGCACAAAAUACAAAUUAUUCAAAUCAGCCGCAUUUCCACAGUGGGAAAGACUUAUCAAUACCUCAAGCAAAUGCUCAACAAGAUCAACCUGUUCACAAUAAAGAUAUAGACAUUCUCAAUCGCCGAAAAUCUACCCCUAAAUUAUCGAACAUUCUGAACAAUGGAGAUGCCAAACGGAAAAUAAAAAAAGCUGUUUUACAUUUAUCAGAUAGUGACGAUGGCGAGCAGCUACCUCCAAACAAAAGAUUAAAACGCUCAAAUUCCCCUGAUAAUCUUGUGUCACCCGUUAUUAAAUCUCGCAGAUCCAAAGAUGGCCUUACUUCUCCGCCAUCUCACCAAAGGCAAAACAUUUCUGAUUUUUUCUCACAAACAUCUUCUCAAAUCCCAGAAUCAAGUUCAUCAAGUAACAGUGUGUCGUCAGACAAUCAUGUGUCAUCAGAUGUUCCUAUGGCUUUGUGUCCAGUUUGUCAAGUUACGGUGAAAACUGUAGAAAUUAACGCUCAUCUUGAUUCAUGUCUUUUGUCUUGUGAUAAUUAAAAAGAUUUUUAUAACAUUGUAGACUUUAUCUCCUAUUAUAAUACAAGGAUAGUUAUCACCAAAUCUUACCCGAGGUUGACAGGAGGAGAAUAAGAAUGCUGCAAUUUUAUUACAUGUAUAGAAUCUGUAUUUUUUCUACGUUGUGAUGCAUACAGUACCUCCUCACUCUCAAAUAAAAUCUUUAGGGAGUGUUCUUGCACUCUUGGUAUUUUUGUUAAUGACAUGAUGAUAAUGCAAAAAGAAUGUGAUAUUUAAUUCUUGUUUCUGUGUUUUAUGUAAAUGUUGUGUCAGAUUGUCAGAUUUAGACAAAGUUCAAUUUUUUUUAAUAUUGAAACAGUAAAUGUACAGUCAUGUACUGAUAUGCUCUUGUGACCCAGUAAAAUCUAAUAGCAGCAUAGAAACACAUCGCUGUAAUAUAACAUUAUUGCAGUUCAGGAACAGACCAGGUAGUGUUUACAAUGACUGCUGUCUUUACUAUUCAAAUGCUACCAGAAGACUCACCAGCCAAACUAUUCAAACAAAAUGUAUUGUUUUGUGGCACAAUCCACAUAUGGUAGAUGCAAAUGCAUGCAUUUAUGUAAUCUACACAUAUUAUAUUAAUGUCAUUUUUAAAACAAGUCCUAAUGAUGCCAGUCAUGAAUGUCUGGGAAAAAUCUUAUGAUAUCGGUCAUGACUGUCUGAGAAAAAUCUUUUCCUAAUGAUGCUGAUCAUGUCAGUCGAGAUCAAACCUUUCUUUAUAAUGCUGCCAGUCACUUACGUUUUUGGGCUAUAGAUACUGUAAAGGUUCAUAUGUAAACCAAAUCCAUCCAAAAAUUUGGUCAGAAUGGCUAACAAAAUUUUUGUUAUUUUAUGUCAAUCUAAUGAUAUAUAUUGACAUAAAUUUAGCAUGGCAAAUUCUAAAGGUAGUUGAUCAUUAAAAUUUACAUGUAAGUCUGGAUCAAUGUUCAGGUAAUAUAACAAAAUCAGUGAUACUGGGUACUGUUUGAAGUAUGUGAAGUACUUAAACAGGUAUUAUGCAAGAGGUAAAUCUGCCUAUUGCAACUCUUUCUUUAGGCCUUAAAUGUUAUAUAAAUUAAUAAUUAAACAUUAAUUACGUACCAAGAACAUAAGCAGUUCUCGAUGCCAACAGGUGGCUCCGAUAUUAGGUAGAUUUGAAUAUGUUUUUCAAUUGUUAAUUUUACUAUACAAAUAGAUACUCGAGACUUUGUUUAUUAUCGUAACAAUGACAGUCAAGGAUACAGUGUAAUAACAGUGUAUAUCACCAAUAUCUCGGCUCAGAGCUAAGUAAUUUGACUGAAAUCUUCAACAUAUUCCCUUUUCGUUACCUAUUUUUUAACUUUUAUAGUUCGUUUGUUCAUAUGGUUUUACAUCAGCUUCCAGCUUGGGUGAUAUCGCAGACAAAUGUUUCCUAGGAACUUCCCAGAGAAACCACAUACAUGUAGUAGGCUUAGCCAAGGAUGGUUAGGAAACGUGAGAUUGAUUAGUAGGCCUAUUCAAUCUUGUUUCCUUUAAAUAAAAUACAUAUUGCCUUUUGCAGGGUAGCUUCCAAGGUAAAAUUUCAUCCAAAGGAGUUCCUCCGGGUACUUAAAAAAAAAAAUGUGAUCUUGCCAAGGCUAUUAUAAUGAGAACAGAACUGUCAGCUCUUUAUCUAAUCUUAACUAAUGCCCCUUCAAUUAGGAUAAACUAAGCAGUUGAUUAAUAAUUACUCAGCUUCUUUCUUUGAAGAAAAGCAAGCAGUUCCUGGCUUGGCAUAUUAAUUGAUUAAGAUGAUUACUUGAAACCACAUUCAAUAUGAUUGUUACUUUGAUGAAAUGAUUAAGGUCAAUUGUUACUUUGAUGAAAUGAUUAAGGUCAAUUGUUACUUUGAUCAAAAGAUUAUGGUCAAUUGUUACUUUGAUCAAAUGAUUAACAGCUACUUGUUACUUUGAUCAAAUGAUUUUGAGUCAAUUGUGACUUUGAGCCAAGAGUGAAUUUUGGCUGUUUGGUUUAUGAACGUUAUGACUUCAUCACUGACAAAAUUAUGUGAUAUAUGAUAUCAUGUACAGUAUGUAUUACAAUAAUGUUUUCCUUUUGCCUGAGAUUAACAUUAAUUUAAACAAAAAAGAAAAAUAUCAAUUGCUUUUAAUAAAAACAACAAAAAUUAAAAUAUUACAAAUAUACAUGAGCAAAAUUAAAAAGUACAUAUACCAUCAAACUCAUAAAUGUACAUGUACCAUCAAACUCAUAAAUGUACAUGUACUAUCAAACUCAUAAAUGUACGUAUGAUGUAUUCAAAUCAUAUUCUGAAAAUGGUAAAGCAAAGAAAUUGGUCUAUUUUCUGUCUUUUUAUAUGCUAAAGGAUAUAGUUCACAUAUGGAUAAAGUUUAAACACUACGCUAAAUAAGCUUACAUGUAUAGAAUAAUAAUAAAAAAGUCUAAAACAUGUAAUUUGAACAUGUGUGUCGCAAAACUAUAUUGUAUGUAAAUUCCAUUAGUUCCUGCUACAUUCUUCAUUAAACAAACUGCCAUAUGUUUCUGCUAUUGUUCAAGUACUUUGAUGUUUUGGGCCAUUUUGCCAGUGAAACAUUCUUUAAUGUUACAUUAUAAGAACCAUACUUAUAAUUUUCCAUGAAUUGAUUCACUAUAAAUUAAAAUGAUAAAUGUUCACUAGUCUACUUCUUAGUACUGCCACUGGGCACCAUAUCCUUCUGCUGUACAUGUAAACGUUUUGUUCUUCUUCGCCUGAUUAAGAUAAUGUUAAAUUAACAGAGUAGAAAAUAUUACAAUAUUAAGGAUAACCUCUCAGUCUCAUAAUUAAAAAUAGGCCUAGUUAAUUUGUGAUCUGGUGCCAAUGGUGGCAUUACCAAAUUACACGAAUUUUUACUGUCACACUGGCCUGGAACUACAAUUGUUCUACUUGCUUCUGAAAGAGAUAAAUUUGCUUUCCAAUUUCUUUAACCAUCUCUUCCUUGGAUGCUUUUGGGUGAUCUUUAACGUACUGAGAGAUGUUCAGAAUAGUUUGAUUUCGCAAUGCCUCGAUUGCUUGUUCACCAGAGAUUCGAUUCCAGACAGUGGAAGCGAUUCGAAGACCUGUUACUCUUUGAAGCAUGUCCUUAUCACCCGUGAACAGCGCCACAUUUUGAAGAAAAUCACCAGUUUCACCAGAAAACAAGUUUAGAAGAUCCAUUUCGAUCAAACAGUUGUUGUUCACGACAGAAAAAUAAAAA